AUGAGGAGGCUGACGUUCGGUGCAGAGGCUGAGAUGGUGGACAGCGCCAGCAUAGCUCAGGAGGUCAUGCUGCUGCUCGCGCGGAGCGGUGGCGCCGGCGCCGGCCACGUCGCCGGCCACGGCGGUGGCGGCGGCGAGGCUCCGCGCGUCUUCGAGUGCAAGACGUGCCGGCGCCGGUUCCCGUCGUUCCAGGCGCUCGGGGGUCACCGCGCGAGCCACAAGCGGACGCGCGGGGGUGGUGGCGGCGCCGGCGCCGGCGCCGCUUCCGCUGCGGCGGUGGCGGCGGCGGACGCGGGGGAGGCAGGGGUCGCCGCGCUCUCGCUCGCGGCGCCCGCCGUGAAGGCCUCCCGCGCGCACGGGUGCGCGGUGUGCGGCGUGGAGUUCGCGCUCGGGCAGGCGCUGGGCGGCCACAUGCGGCGGCACCGCGUCGCGGGCGCCGAGGCCGAGGCGGAGGCGGUGGCGGCGAGCGCAAUCGCCGGCGAGCCGGCGUCCGAGCGGAGGCCCGGCGGCGAGGCGAGGGGCCUGGUCGUCUUGGACCUGAACACUGCCCCCGCUGACGACGACCUUAGGCUGGGCCUCAACCAACAUGGGUUGGUGGAUUGCCUCUAAUGGCGUCCUGCAGUUUCUAACCAUGUGGUCUUGCAUUUCUCGCUUUUCGUUUUUCUUUUGUUGGUUUUCGGACUGUAAAUUUGUAGUUUUGAAGUUGUUCUUUACAUACAAUAGGUGAAUAGGAUCUAUAUACAAAACGAAACACGAUUUGAUUAGACUUGUAUAGAAGAUGUAACUUUUAUUCCUGCGUGUCUUGUGCAAGAACAUUCUUUCUUUGUUAAAAAAAAAUUAUACCCCUCCUGUU